UGAAAAGAAAACGAGGAGAAACACGAGUGUCAGAUUGCCUCAUACAAACUUUAGUUGAACAAUUUUUGUGGAGAGUCAACUACAGAUUCCAUUUGAGUGGAACUUCCAUUCUACUUGCUUCUCCUGACGGGGAUGUUAAACUUGUAAAGAUUUGUUUACUGGCAAUCCCGGUACAUAAAAGGAUCCUUAGACUAAAGGCACAAUUAUCUCUGAUUGAGGGUUAAUACCUCCAGAGAUCAUGGACUGGAAGACAUUGCAAGGUGUCCUCAGUGGGGUAAAUAAAUAUUCCACAGGAUUCGGUCGGAUCUGGCUAUCUGUUGUCUUCAUCUUCCGAGUGUUGGUUUAUGUAGUGGCGGCAGAGAAAGUGUGGGGUGAUGAUCAGAAAGAUUUUGACUGCAACACCAGGCAACCUGGCUGCACCAACGUCUGCUUCGACUAUUUCUUCCCCAUCUCCCACAUCAGGCUCUGGGCCUUGCAAUUGAUCUUCAUCUCCACGCCUUCCCUGCUGGUUGUGAUGCACGUGGCCUACAGAAAAGACAAGGAGAGAAAGUAUCACUUGAAGCACCCCGACUCCAGCACUAGGCUAUAUCAGGAUACCGGUAGAAAGCACGGAGGGCUCUGGUGGACCUACAUGAGCAGUUUAUUUUUUAAAACUGUGAUUGAAAUUGCAUUCUUGUAUAUUCUCCACGCAAUUUAUGACAGUUUUGAUAUGCCUCGCCUUGUCAAAUGUGAGAUUCAACCUUGUCCCAAUGUUGUCGAUUGCUACAUUGCCAGACCCACCGAGAAAAGGAUCUUCACUUAUUUUAUGGUUGGGGCAUCAGCCCUUUGCAUUGUAAUAAGUGUGAGUGAAAUGAUUUACUUGAUCGCGAAAAGGUUUUUCAGGUUUUGUAUGUUGCACUGUGUGAAAAGAAAAUCAGUAAUGACCAAAGGUAAGUCUGACUAUCUUGGCCACAAUCUCACUCAUGUGAAUUACAUGCACAAUGGCAAAUCACUGGACGUUAUUCGUGCUUCAGCCCCAAAUCUUUCUACAAUGUAAUAAGUCUUCACCCAUCCUGGGAAGUACUUUUGAAGGUGUAAAUGAUAUCGCAACAACAUUGAACAUGGUACAAUUGAUCAAUCGCUUUGAAGCUUCGUUAGGCAAGUGAUUAGGAAUUUUUGUAAGACUUGAUUGAAUUCUCUAGCGUAGGUCGUGGAGAGUGGGAAUUUUCUCAGCAUCUGAGCUUCUCGCUGGGUGGUUAAGGAAUAGCUUUUAUGAAACACCAUGGAGGUAUUCAAUGAGUAGGGUCUUCCAACUUCAAAAUCAGGGAGCUUCCACAGCACCUAGAUGUGCCUUGCUUAUCAUUGCGACAAACUAACCUUGUGAACUUCUUAUUUAUAAUCAGUAAUUUAUUUCCUUUCCCAUCCACAAACCACAAACAAAAUGAUGUUGCCAAUAUGGUGCUCAAGGAAAAGUUUACAGUGAGUAUCAACAUUUCAAAUUAGACCAAAAAUUAUUAUCUCUUUGACACAUUUAUUCCUAAUGAUUCUACAUCUUGGGGAUAAUGUUAUUCGCAAAAUUAAUGAAGAUGGGUUACUGUCCAAUAAAUAGAAAGAUAAGUCAGCGGGACAGGCAGCAUCUCUGGAGAGAAGGAAUAGGUGACGUUUCAGGUCGAGACCCUUCUUCAGACUGAGUUACUCCAGCUUUUUGUGUCUAUCUUCAGUUUAAACCAGCACUUUAAUCUGUGCUUCCUUCUUACACAAAUAGAAAGAUUUCAUUCAAGUUGAAAUAUGUGAUGGCUCAGGACUUAGUUUCUGUGUCAAUUAGUCUUGUUUCAGUUCUGCCAUAAUUUCACUCUUCUAUCAAGGAUCUAAUGUCAUCAGGGAAUACUUUUUAAACGAAGGUCAUCACAGGUCAAUCAUUUUGAGUCAAUUGUUUUCCAUGCCAUUUUAAUAGGAAUCAGCAACAUAAGACCAUAACUUAAAGCAUUGGUUGUGAUACCCUGGCUUAAGAUUUGUGAAAAUAUCUUCUAUUGUAAUUUUACCUCCAAGCAGCCUUUCAGAACAAUAAUCACAAUCACAACACAAUCAUAAUAAUACUUUAUUAGCCAAAUGUGUUUUGCAACAUACGAGGAGUUUCAUUUACCAAGUCAGUCAUACACAUAAAUAGCAACGGAACACACAAAACACAUUUUAACAUAAACAUCUAUCACAUUGACUCCUCCACAUUCCUCACUGUGAUCUGUGAUGGAAGGCGAAAAAAAGUUCAAUCUCUUCCCUUUGCUCCCCCGCGGUCGGGGGCCUUGAGCCCUCCGUUGACGGGAUGUUCAUGACUCCCGUAGCCGGCGGCGGGCCCUCUGCGAAGAGGCGAUCAUCUCCUACAUCGGGGGGAUGUCAGCCCGGAAGAUCAAACACCGUGUUGGGGCUGGUCGAACCUUCCCCGACAUUGGAGCUGCCAAUCGUGCAGUCCGUGGUAUUUACCUGAUGGUAAAUAAGGGUAAAUUUGUAAAGUCCCUAAAUAAUUAAAGUUCUGGCAAAUGGUUUAAUAGAUUAUAACUAUGUCCAUCUCCACUGUUAACACCGACAUAUAAAACAUGACAUGUAACUACUUUGACCUGCUGAAAUUGCAAUCGUAUUUGCAUCUUGAACAAAGAGAAAUAUAAGGAAAUUAGGAAAAUAAAUCUGUUGAAAUGGCUGUUGAAACAAGUUUGCUUAAGCAGAAGUAGAACUGAAACAUUAAAAAGCCCACAAUCUCCCACUAUUGAAAAACCUUUUCGGAUCAAUUAAAUAUUGUACUAAGGAUCAGAGGUAAUGCUAUCUGGAUUUUAUAAUGUUUUAGAAAAUGUCAAUUUCUUUAUCACUGCUGAAAUUUUGUUCGUUGACAGGAAACUUUUAAUUGGAUAAUCUAAUGAGUUCUCUGAUUUCAUUAAGGUAUUUUGUAGACAAGCUGAAGUGUAGGUUUGGUAUAUCGUUUGCUCAUGCUGUUGAAGAACAUGGCAAUUAAAUACAGCUUCUCUGCCUAUAUGUUAUAACCCAACUUCCAUAUGAACCUAUAACUUUAGUUGACUUUAUUCAAUUUAAUCAUUGAAUCAAAGAAACAAUGUUUGCAAUUCGCCAGCUGUUUACACAGCAGCCAUGUAUGUUAAUGCUUUUGGCAUCAAUUAUAUGAUAUUCAUAAUAACUGCUGCAAAAAUACUAAUGUGUACUAAUUCUGAAGCAUCAAAUUGUCAUUUCAUAGUUUAUGCAAACAUAUUUCAUCAAAUCUUCAUCAAAUCUUUUCUUACCUUUUUUGUGACUAUUUUGCUAAUUGUCAGUUAUACAUCGGGAUUGAUGAGGAAUCUAAAAAUAGUACAUUUCGUAAUAUUUUAGGCCUCUUUACUUAAAGUUAAAGAUUAAAACAGAAUCCUGUGCUUGAUAAUUACUCAAGAUCUUGCAAUGAUUUUUAAACAGUCUUUAAUUUGUUUAGUUUAGAGAUACAGCACGAAAACAGGCCCUGUUUGUUACUGUCUAAUACUAUCGUUGAAUGUUGAAAUGGAAAAUUUAAGUAAUGUUUUAAAGGUAAGAUUGAGAUAAUCAAAAAUAAAUUGCAGAUUACAGAUUCAUUUAUAAUUUGCAAUUGGGUAUAAUACAGGAGAUGUAAACCAGUCCUCUUGUUCUUCAUUUCCAAUAAAAGGAUCUCAAUGUCAGUUGUAAACUGAGGAGCAAGUUAAAAAUCUAGCCUUUCUAACAUUUCUUGAAUAGAGGUAUUAUUUUUGGGCCGAACUAUCAGCAUUGGCAGGGCAUGAAGAUCAAAAACUUUCAUUGAUAGAGAGGAUUUCAUGUGUUCAGGAUAUCCCAAUGUUGUAUGUAUACAUCCAAUGAACUUAUUUUGAAAUGCAGUUACUGUUGCAAUGCAGGAAACAUUACAGGUUGAAUCUCAAUAAACCUUCCUGAUUAUUUUGUUUAUUAAAAAUGUCAAUCAAAGGAGCACAUAUUGGGCAGAUAAUCUCUCUCUGCAUGUUUUACAUUCCUGCUGUGGUUGAAAGUUUUGCUCGUUAUUGCUAAAGGUGCUUACACCUUACCUCCCAUGACAAAACAUGUACCCAGAGGUAUGAAAUCUAGUUCAAAUGUUUCACACUUCAAAGGAAGAUAAACUGGUGGAAGCAUCCAAUGCUCUAAUCCCUUUCUUUCUUGGUUACAUUGAUCAAAUGUUUUACUCAUGGCAAUAAAUGUUUUAUUUAUGUCAAUACUUUCCAAUGGAAAUGAAGUCAUUGAGAGACGACAUGUUUUCUGCGGUUUUCCCAAACUGUUUUGCACUGUAUAUAUUUCUUAUUUAUAUUGUGUACAUUUUUGAGCAAACGAAAAAUUCAUUAAAAUAAAUAUUUUCAAGUAAUCAAA